CUUAUGCCAGUGGCCUCGAAGAAGACGCUUCAUUAAGCUCCCAGCCGCCUUGGUUGCCAGUUGUGUUUUCCCAAACUCGUGUUUCUCCACAGGCCACCAACUAACGAUCCACAAUGAGUCUGUCUCCGUUGGCAAGCCGCAUCGGUCAAGGCAAAAAGGAAGCUCGCAAUGGGCUGAGUAUCAACAAUAAGCUGGUGCAGGCACUGAUCCUGCUGGUGGCCUGUGUCCUUUUCGGCGCCAACUUCAACUACGCCUCCUUUCCACCUGGCACUGUGAUCGACAUCAAACUGGGAGAUGUCACCCUGGAGCAGUUUAGCUAUACGCCAACCCGGGAGGGAUACGAGUUCAAUUACACUCUUCCGGAUGGAACUUUCCGGGAUGAGAUUGGCAAAGUGCUGAGUGGUACUUCGGCCGCUCAGGAUCUGGAGAAUGCCAACAACCUGGCCAAAAACCACCGACCUUCUCGCGAACAGGGUCUUAAGGUGCGAAAACUGUCCGGAAAAUCUCUCUCUUCCCUGGCAGGAUAAACAGCCUUAGGGAAAAUUCCUAUGGAUAUACAUCACGAAUUUAUUACAACAGUUCGCCCACUGUUUAAGGCUAGUAUAUAAGUUGAGAUGAUAAAUUUGCAAGCAAUAAAAACAAUCGAUCCAAAAUAA